GGGGUGUGCUCCUCGCGCAUGAGGCGGGCUAGCGGCGUCCUCGGAGCCAUGGAGCAGGAUCAGGGGCAGUUGGUGUCUACAUUCUGCCACAAGACUUCAUCUUUGGAGCGUGUGGCGGAGGAGGGUGAUGAUGAUGACGAGGAUGAUGAUUUGGACAUUGCCGGGGGUUAUGACAGCUUCAGGGGCUACAACAGCAGCAUGGGCAGUGACAGCAGCUCCUGUCUGGAUGAGUCCAGUGACGAUGAGGUGGCAGGUCGGGAAGCUGGAGAGCUUCCAACCUCUCCCAUGCACCAGCCAUCCACAGGCCAGCUCACAGAGGACAGCGGCUCCGAGCCAGCUGUAUGUGAGAUGUGUGGGAUUGUGGGCACCAGGGAGACUUUCUUCUCCAAGACCAAACGUUUCUGCAGUGUCUCCUGCUCCAGAAGCUACUCUUCAAACUCUAAGAAGGCCAGCAUCCUGGCCAGACUACAAGGGAAGCCACCGACGAAGAAAGCUAAAGUCCUGCACAAGGCAGCCUGGUCAGCCAAAAUCGGGGCCUUCCUCCAUUCACAGGGAACAGGGCAGCUGGCAGAUGGGACAUUGACAGGCCAGGAUGCACUUGUCCUGGGCUUUGACUGGGGAAAGUACCUGCAGGAGCAUGACUUCAAGGCAGCUCCUGUCAGCUGUUUCAAACAUGUGCCCCUCUUCGAUCAGUGGGAUGAUGUAGUGAAAGGAAUGAAAGUGGAAGUGCUGAACAGUGAUGCUGUGCUCCCCAGCCGUGUUUACUGGAUUGCAUCCGUCAUCCAGACUGUAGGAUACAGGGCCCUUCUGCGAUAUGAGGGCUUUGAGGAUGAUGCCAGCCAUGACUUCUGGUGCAAUUUGGGCACAGUAGAUAUUCACCCCAUUGGCUGGUGUGCCAUCAACAGCAAAAUCCUGGUACCACCACAAACUAUCCAUGCCAAGUUCACUGAUUGGAGAAGUUACCUCAUGAAGAAGCUGGUGGGAGCCAGGACUAUCCCAGUGGAUUUCCACAUCAAGAUGGCAGAGAGCAUGAAGUACCCAUUCCGGCAGGGCAUGCGGGUGGAGGUGGUGGAUAAGAACCACGUGUCCCGGACACGCAUGGCAGUGGUGGACACGGUGAUUGGGGGCAGACUGAGACUCCUCUAUGAGGACGGUGACAGCGAUGAUGACUUCUGGUGCCACAUGUGGAGUCCUCUCAUCCAUCCUGUGGGCUGGUCACGAAGAGUGGGACACAACAUAAAGAAGACAGAAGAAAAACGCAGUGACAUGGCAAGCCACCCCACCUUCAGGAAGAUUUACUGUGAUGCUGUCCCCUAUCUGUUUAAGAAGGUACGAGCUGUCUAUGCUGAAGGAGGAUGGUUUGAGCAAGGCAUGAAGCUGGAGGCCAUUGACCCCCUGAAUCUGGGCAACAUUUGUGUGGCCACUGUUUGCAAGGUCCUCUUGGAUGGGUAUCUCAUGAUCAGCAUUGAUGGAGCCACAUCUGAUGAUUGCUCUGACUGGUUCUGCUAUCAUGCCUCCUCGCACGCCAUCUUCCCUGUCAACUUCUGUCAGAAGAACAACAUUGAUCUGACCCCUCCAAAAGGGCAAGAUGCAAAGACCUUCAGCUGGGAAAGUUACCUGGAAAAGACUAAGGCAAAACCUGUUCCAUCACGACUCUUCAACACAGACUGUCCAAACCAUGGCUUCAAGGCAGGCAUGAAGGUAGAAGCAGUGGACCUGAUGGAGCCUCGACUUAUCUGUGUGGCCACGGUGAAGCGCGUCGUCCAUCGUCUCCUCAGCAUCCAUUUUGAUGGCUGGGACAACGAGUAUGACCAGUGGGUGGACUGCGAGUCUCCAGACAUUUAUCCUGUGGGGUGGUGUGAGCUGACAGGCUACCAGCUUCAACCACCUGUUGUUCCAGAGCCCACAACUCCAGUGAAGGCCAAGGAGGUGCCCAAGAGGAAGAAGAAACCCUAUGGAAAGAAGAGAAAAAAAUUAUCUGCCAAAGCCCGCAACAUCAGGCAAACUGUCAAGAAGCCUUCCACCCCGAGGAUGAAACGAGAAGCAAAAACUUCCAGCCAGGCUGUGCCGGAGCCACCACCUGAUGAAAUCAUUGCUGUGCAGGUGAAGGAAGAAACCAUUGACCCCUCAGUAGCAGAGUUUGGAGUCACAGAGCUUCCUGUUCCUGUCAGCAGCAUAAAGCAGGAGGAGGGCACAGACUGAUCCUGGAGAAACCCCUAGCUGCCUAUUGCAGCCUGCACUUCACCUUGAGACUCUUUGGAGGAAGUCCUAGCAAAGGGAAGCAGAAGAAUAAAAGGGAUUUCCCUUUUUGAGGCAGACCACCCUGCAACAUUGCAUCUCUGCUUUCCUGAUGUGCAAGAAAAUUCCCCCCCAAACUUGUAAUUGAGAAAGCAGACUCCAGAAAGGCUGCAGGAGUGCUGAGGAGCAUGACCAGGGUGGCUGCUGGGGUUGUAUGUGCCCAGCUUUGAAGGCACCUUUCCAAGCAGGACAUCCCAACAGGAAAAGAGGCUGGCAGAGCACGAAGGAACAGUUUGGGUUCUCAGCUGUGUCUGAAGGAGGUGAACUGCAGCCUGAGAUGAUGUGUGCAGGUUACACGUGUCAGGAAAUCAGCUGCCCUCUUAGGACCUUGGUGCUAUGCUCCCUGGGCUAGGCCUGCAACCCCCAAUAAAGUCAGGACAGGAAGAGUGAAAAGAUGUGGAAAAAAAACAAAAAACAAAAAGGGAUGAUGGUGCAACAGAAGACCUUUUUGAGUGUCAUCAUUUCUUUCUUCUGAACCCAGCACUGCAGAGGAAAUUGUGCACAGUUGGAAUUUUUAAUUUUUUAGCAAUCCUACUAUAAAUUUGAUCUACCAUUUGUAUCCUAAAGCCCUGUGAAAUAAAUUUGAGGAAGAGGCCAAA